AUGUCCUCCCCAUCGUUCUACGGAAAUGGAAGCCAUACAGAAAGAACUUUGGAUUUUAUCGAAACGACGCAAUAUUAUUCACCACAAACACCUGCUGCAUCCAGCGAUUUAAAAUACGUGCACCCCAACGGGGACGUCUAUUACUACAACCGAGAGUUGCGGCUAUCGACGCCAGACAAUAUUCUGGAUCCCAACAUCCUGGGAUAUGUUAUGGAUGCCAGAGGGGAUCACCUGCAGUGCAUUGAGGGCGACCCUAAUCUUUCUCAGCUUCCCAGUGAUUGGGAGAUGACCGUCGCUGAUGUUAGCGAUAGCGCUGCCGUGAUUAGAAUGUAUUCGAGGGAGGCUAAGGCAGCUUACCUCUGGAAUGAAGAACGUGGACUACACUUGAGGUCGAAAGAGCACUUCUGGUCCCUCAUCGCGGAGUUUCCUUCUCACCACAAUACUCUUCCGCCAAACGUCGAACAGGAAUUUUCUUCAGCUCUCGUUGCAGCAAAAAGAUCUCUUGCACAGGGCAAUGUUUUCCCCUUCUCUGAGCGUCAGAUAGACCAAAUUAUCGCCCGCUAUGAAAGCUUGAAAGCACAACGCGCAAACGGUAUAAACACGAUCCCCGCGCUCACAUGGCUUAUGGGAGUCGUGAUGCCCCUUGAUGCAGUUGACCACCGCGUUUUUGACUCGCUCCACCUCGAGGCGAUGAUGGGUGAUUUGCGUGUUUGA